AUGUUCGCAACAGUGGCAACUGCUGUGGAUGGCAAUCCUCUACACGCUGUUCUUAAUGAGCUACUUUCAGAAGUGCCCGAUAGACCUGUCAAACCAAAUAUAACUACUAUAGCCACAGGUAACUGGCGAACUCGUCAAGUUAUACGGGAGUUGAAAGGACUCAGGUCACUCUCAGACCUCAUAUCAACAGAGGAACAGAUUCGAGGAGUUGUGGCGAGUCAGGAGAGUAGAAGUAGAGUUAAACUUCUUAAAGCAUUUCUUUCUGGUUUGUAUUUGGUAGAGGAGAGAAUGAUGCUGUCGGAGGAGGAGAUGCGUUGCCGUAACUCUCUUAUUUCUAUGGCAGAGUCUCUACUAAAUAAUGAGAGAGUUUGGUUUGGUAUUGUAUGGAAUGAAAUGUACCACAGACAUUGUAUUAAGAAUGAAUGGAUAACGGGAGUCGCUCACUAUAGAAGGUUUUGUGAUAUUGAUGCACUGAUGGCACGUGAACAAACCCAUCGACAACGUCUGCGGCAAAUCGAAAGAAUAAACCGAAGGGAAUAUGAAGCAAGACGUUUUCUAGCAGUGAGUCGUGAAAUAGAUAUGGAACUUUUGCGUCAGCAAUCUUACCAACUCACUUCUUGGGCUCGUGAUUCUUCAUCUAAACUAAUACUUGAUAUCGCUGAGCUUGUUUCUAACGAAGAGCGUGAUCGCCGAUCCUUGGAAAGUCUUUACUUACUUAAGCUUAGUUUAAUAGCGAAUGAUAAGGAGAAUGAGGCUGCACGACUAAUUGUUAAUUCUGUUGUAAAAGCAUCCAUGAUUCAGAGAAAUCGUAAGGAAACACAGAGAAGGGAAGAAAUGAUUUCUCGCUUUAUGCUUUUACCACUUAAAGAAGCUGAUCUUCGUAACAUUAUCGAGAGGAAUGAAAUGGAGAAACGUCAAAAACUUAGAGUGGAGUUUUUUACUUCAUGGCGUAAAGCUUUUAAAUGUGCUAGAAGUCCAGGAGAAGGGGCUGGAAUUGUAGAACGUCUUGAAUUGUAUGAGCGUCGAUGUUUGUUUGAUCAGUGGAGGUUUGGAUUUAACACACUUUAUGAACGACAAAUUCGAGAAAAGUGUAUUCUUGAGAAAUACGAAGCUGAGUAUGAAGUGUUUUUUCACCAAGUUGUGGAUAGUCUUAGAGCCCUAUGGAAGCAAGAAGGUGAAGAGUUUAAUCAGUUACAAAAAAUGUAUUUGGAUUUUAUUUGGUCUAACCGAGUGAUUGAGUCUACAACAGUGUUGAGCGUUGAGGAAAAAUACAAACGAAGGAGUAUUAUGGAAGCUGAGGUAAGGGAAACUGUAAAAUUACGAUCUUGGUUAUAUAUUCAGCGUUGUGAAGAGUCAGCACUUAAAGGGGCUACAUCAAUUAUGAUAAUGGAAGAAAAUGACCGCGCUUCUCUUAUGCAAUGGCAUCAGCACAUCGUAAAAGACUAUUUAUGUACGCAAAUAUGUCGUGAAGAAGAAGAACUCCGGUUUGAAAUCGAAUCAGAGGCACGUGCUAAUUGGACGGAUAUCGUACUAGAAGAGGGUGCUCCACGUGACUCCUCUCUAGCGAUAUUGGCGCGCUUAGAAAAUGUUCAGCGUAACUUUGUUUUAGAGGAGGAGCGACAACGUCUCCUUUAUUGUAGAUUAAAUAAAUUGUGUAACAAGGAGAUAAUAGAUCGAAAAGGUAUUUUAACAAAAGAGUCCGUUAAUCGUACCAGUGUAUAUGCAGGUAUUUUGGAGUAUGUAGAAGAAUGGAAUCGUUCAGUUAUCUUCGCAGAACGUCAGUGUGACCUCAUACAAGUUGCUUUGUCCAAAUUAGAACAUCUUGAAUCUGUUGAACGUACUAUAAUUGAGAAAAGUGAACAGCAGCGAUAUCAUUUUCUCUUGCAUAGUUUUGAUUACAAUCUGCCACAGUUUAGAGCUUUUGAAGUGGAUGAAAUAAAUGAUCGUUUAGACAUAAUAAAUGAAGCAGAAAUUGAAAUUAAUGCGCUAGCAUAUACGUAUGGUAUACGAAAUUGUGUAAUGUACUCAACGAAUGAAUUUGAGUUAAAUAAUAGCGCCUUAAGCUUCUUCACCACUAGAGAACUUAUCCAACUUUAUGUGAUUGAGUUAGUUCAAACUGUAGAACCGAUGUCAAGAAGGGAAAUUAUGACAAGGGAAGCUCUCGAAAGACAACUCUUAACAUUAAAUUCAAAGGAGUUCAUUGGACGACUCCAUAUUGAAAAAAAUGCUUCAGAUGCGUACAAUAGUAUGCAAGAUUUGUUUGAUCGCAUAUUAUCUAGAGCAGAUGAAUGGCGAACGAGAGGAUCAGUACAAGAACCGAAGGAACUUUCUGAUAGAGAAGCACUUAUUGAAUACUUUCGCCGUCAAGAGGCAUCUGUCUCUGUUAAACUCAAGGCACAACGAGAAAAGACGCGUGAAAUGCUUAGUUCAUUUUUUGAGGAAUUUUAUUGGGGACGUGAUUCUAUUGUACUGCAAGAGUUUGUUGCUCGUGAUGAAUUAAGCAACUCUCUUAAACGACCAUGUCUCGAUGUAUCUUGCUUACAACAACAUGAACCCGCAACUGAAUUAAGUGUCCGGUUCUAUAGCCUUGCAAUAGUGACAAGAGAUGUGUUGGGACCACUUACCAUAAAGGUAUCGGAUUCAUUAGAUGGAUCAGGUAUGACUUGUGAGUUGCGUGAGGCUCAAUCCAUUUCUGCUGCUGGAAACAUUUUUCAUAUCUUAUUUCCUGUCUCUCUUCUAGAAUGGGUGAAACCUUUAACUGAAGAAAGUAGCAUGCUUUACUUUGAAGCAAGAAGCCCGGAUGGAAGUAUAGUGGCGACCGCUUCCCUUCUUAUUAGAAGCGAAGAUAUACAGAACAACGUUGGCGCCAGUGUUAUUUCAGUUUCUUUGGAUGAUUUGCGUGGUAAAGUGAAUCUGAUUUUGCAUGUACGAUAG